UCUCCGUCUCAGCGCAGCCGGAGCUGAGAGAGCGGGAUCUGGUAGGCCCUCUGGCUCCGACCUCUGAGAGGAUCAUCUUCAAGGGAUCUUCUUUGGAGUUGUACUGUGCAUGGCAAGGAUCUACUUUCUUGCUGCCUCACCGAAAGUGCAUGGCCUAAACGAAUGAAUAUUUUUAUGAGGCGCCUUGCACCAGAGAUGGGCCAGGACCAAACCAAGCAGCAGAUAGAGAAGGGCCUGAGGUUGUAUCAGUCCAAUCAGACAGACAAAGCCCUGCAUGUCUGGACAAAAGUGCUGGAGAAGACCUCAGACCCAGGAGGGAAGUUUCGGGUGUUGGGGUGCCUGAUCACAGCUCAUUCGGAAAUGGGAAAAUAUAAAGAUAUGCUCAAGUACGCUCUAGAUCAAAUCGACACGGCCAGAGAAAUGGAGGACCCGGACUACUUGACAGAGGGCUACCUGAACUUGGCGCGCAGCAAUGAGAAGCUGUGCGACUUCCAGAAAACCGUGUCCUACUGUAAGACCUGCCUAAACAUGCAGGGCACCACCGUCAGCCUGCAGCUCAACGGCCAGGUAUGUCUUAGCAUGGGCAACGCCUUCCUGGGCCUCAGCGUCUUCCAGAAAGCUUUGGAGAGCUACGAGAAGGCCCUGCGCUACGCCCACAACAACGACGACAAGAUGCUGGAGUGCAGAGUCUGCUGCAGUCUGGGAAACAUCUAUGUCCAUCUGAAGGACUAUGAAAAAGCCCUGUUCUUCCCCUGCAAAGCAGCUGAGCUCGUCAAUGACUACGGCAAGGGCUGGAGCCUCAAGUAUCGAGCCAUGAGCCAGUACCACAUGUCUGUCGCCUACAGGAAACUGGAGCGCCUGCCAGACGCCAUGGAAUGCUGUGAGGAAUCUAUGAAGAUUGCUCUGCAGCACGGUGACCGUCCUCUGCAGGCUCUGUGCUUGCUAAACUUUGCAGACAUACACCGCUCCAGGCAUGACGUUGAUAAAGCAUUCCCUCGCUACGAGUCUGCGCUGGCUAUCAUGACUGAGAUUGGAAACCGGUUUGGACAAACACAGGUCUACCUGGGAGUUGCAAAGUGUUGGCUUGGACAGAAAGAAUUUGACAAAGCUCUUGAUUCGUUGCAGCGAGCGCAGGAAUUGGCAGAUGGAAUGGGAAACAAGCUGUGCACACUGAAGGUUCACUGCCUGAGUGAGGGGAUUUAUCGAAGCCGGGGGCAGCAGGAGGAGCUCAGAGAGCAGGUGGUGAAGUUCCUGCAGUGUGUCGAGGAGCUGGAGCUCUACUGCGGCAUGUGUGGAGAGUCCAUCGGGGACAGGGACCAAAAACUGCAGGCUUUACCCUGUUCCCACAUUUUCCAUCUCAAGUGUCUGCAGACAAACGGGACAAAGGGUUGUCCCAAAUGUUUCAAGUCCUCCAUGAAGCCCGCGUUCGUGUGAUUGCGAGGCUGCGUUUGUACGUUGGAUCUGCAGACGCGGCGCGAGGCCUCGCAGGCUCCUGACCGAUCCGAGGGAAGCGGGCAGCCUCAGGAUGUGCUGGAGAUGUUUGAGGAGUAAUAACUCACUGCUCUAAGCAGAGGAUGCCGUACUGAGCUCAGAGCGUCGCAGAGUGCGGCUCUGAGGACACAAUUGAGGCAUCCACCUUGUUGACAGGCAGACGGCCUGUGAGUGACAGCUGACUGAGGAGGAGCAGCGCCACAUUUCACUAUAAGCUGAAGAAGAAAGAACCUGCUUUGCCUCUGACGACUGGCCAUUUGUUGCAGAGUUUUAAAUCUAGAGGAAUAUGGACUGUCCAAAGAGCGUUUAUAACUUGUAUUUGCUAUUUUAUGCAUUAGAAUUGUUUAUUAGAGUCAAGAUGAAAUGAUCUUCAGUCAAAUCUCCGUAAUCUCAGUCACAAGGUUUGUUGUGUUACCUUUUACACAACAUCCAUUUCUUCUUUACUCAGCCGAGUUUCCUUUUUUAUCAGAGCACAGAGCCAUUUCUGAGUUGAACUGAUUUCAUACAUGGUAUAUUUAUUAUUGUAUUCAUGUACAUACUAUUCUCAUUUGUUUUGAAAGUUUGAUUUAUUUGAGGUGUUUUGUAAAACCUAAAAACGAACUAAAAUCUCUUAACCAUUCAAAAACUAGUAUGUCUUUACAAAACAGGUACAUGCAGCUGUUUUAUUUUUUUUCUUCCUUAUUCGCUGAGAUUAAGGAGCAGGAUCAACACACAUUGUGUUCAUAGAAAUUCCUUUUCUGUCCAUUUCUGGGAAUGUUUUACUCUUAAGUCAUCAACAUGAUAAUGUUGAAGGAAACCUAUUGGGAAAGGAUCUUCUUUGACCAAUCACACACUCGUCGAAUGAUUAAUCAGAGCAGAUACAUACAGUAUGUUUUAAAUGUAGUGUUUUCAUAUUUGUGGUCACAUAUUAAUAUUAAUUAAUUGGUAAAAUCUUGAUCUUCAGAUGAUUAUUUACUUGUUGACGCCAAAACACUGAGCUAUCACAUCAUUUAUCGUUGCAUGUUUUAUUCACAAUGCCAAGCAACAGAGUUGGAUUACAUCAGAUUAUGUAUCCAUCAAACUGUGCGUUUACUUAUUUCAGACUUGCUUAUAAUGGUGUUAUAUAUUUGUUCCAUUUAUUUUAGACAUAUUGUGAUUUGGGAAGAAAAGGCCAUAUUAAUGGCUAAAAAAUGAUCAUGGCCUAAACAAGGUUUUUUCGUUCACAGUUAGACUCUUAAGAUCCUAAGAUUUUUCGUAAGACUAUAUUUGUCAUUCAGAAUUGUACGGUGAAAACAGGAUAAAUGCUUGGUAGGAGAUUGCUACGAAGCCCUUUUGAAACAUUCACAGUGAAAAUCAUCAAACUUGAGGAAAACACACGACACUGUAGCUUUAAAACAUGAAGCGUUUCGUUUUCUCUCUCCACACGACAUGUGAGUGGGUCGACUGUAUGAGAAGAGAGAGACCAACACAUUUUCUUUUACUGCACAAGCACUUAUGUUUCUCAUUCUGAGGUCACGUCACCACUUGGCCUCCCUUCUGAACAGCACCCGGCUCUUGUUUGAGGCCCCUGCAUCCAAAGCAACGUUGAUUCACUGUCUGUUUACCUGUAGUACAGUCGAUGUAAAGCAAAGACACUAUCUACACUUUCUGUGCUUGGUUCUGGGGUAUAAAUACGAUUUUACUGACAGUACAGCCACUCAUCUAUCAUGGUUUAAACUACCUCUGUUUUUGCCUCUAAGCUUUGCCUUCCUCAGAGGAUGAAUGCAGUAAUAACACAACAUUUAAGUACAUGUAGAAUUGUUAUGUUUUUCUAGACAUCGUGUUGAUAUAACCAUGAUUUUAAUGAUUCAGAGUCUGACUGAAAUGCAUUGUUAAUAUAUUUAUGCAUUGAGUCAA